AUGGCCUCAUUAGAGUCGAAGUUAUUAGAUGGGAGUUGCGUUGGUUACUGUAGUAGUUCGGAUGAAGAUGAGGAAGCAUGGACAGCGAAUGUAAUGCGCAUGUUGGGUCCAAGCACUAAUACUGGUGUCAAAGGUGUUUUGAAUGAGUUCGCUGCUGAACAGGAACGAUCUAAGAAAGCGAGAAAAGCCAGAGAUAGAGAAAUACGUGGACUGGCACAGAAAGGAAUGCUGCAAAGAUCCAAAGCGGAACGUGAAGGCGAGCAAUUUUUAAAAGCUAUAGAGACUUGCGAUUGCUUGAUUUGUGUUUUGAUUUACAAGCCCAACGAUGAAAUGUGCGAAAGAGCGACCCACGUUUGCAAGGUUCUCGCAGCGGAUUAUCCAUCUGUGAGAUUCGUAAGGGCCAGUAGUACAUUGCUUGAAAUGAGCAAAAGUUUUUCCGACAAAGCGCUUCCAGCGUUUCAGUUCUAUUUGAAUGGUAAUUUGGUUGGAAAUUUUAUACAAAUGUCAUCAAUGUUGGGAGGUGAAAUUGAUGUUUCCUCUGUGAAGAAAUUCUUUAAAAGACAACAUAUUGACCUGGUUCAUGGUACAUACAUAACCGAUUCGGAGCACUCAACAGAUGAGGAUAUCAACUGA